AUGAGUGCAUCUUACAGAUCGGCUUUGCCAUCUCUGAGGCAGAACUGUGAUGCAAAUGUGCAGAUUGCUUUCCAAGAAGAAAGAUGGGCUCAGGUCAUAACAUAUGCCAAGCAACAAUUCAAGCGAACGCAUGAUCCAUAUUAUGAGGCGAUUGAAACUGCUGUUAGGUCCCAACUGGAUACUCCCGCUGAUCAGCAUGCUGCCAUCUUUGCUGUUGAGAAAAUCCUUGCAGAUGGAAAGCCAAUCAAAGACUAUUGGAUUAUCGAGCUUUAUGACUGGGCUUGCAUAGAUGUCGACAAGGACUAUGCAAAGACUAUUGGCACUCUGAGAGCUACUUUCGUCAAAGAAGCCUGGAAGCCAGACGUUGAUAAAGCGAAUGCCGCUAUCCGCCAAUUCUACGCCUGUGUGCUGAACAAUGAUUGGGAGAAUGCACAGAAGAUCGCGGCAUUGGUGGACCAGAAGUUCCCCAAAGACCCUCGGCAUCAAUUCUACAAUAUCCUGGCGUACUACAUGUUAUCGUCCCAGCUCCCACCAAAGGACCCGAAAGGGACUAUGUUUCGUACUUUAGCUAUGAGAAUGAUUGAUAAGGCCCGAGACUUACGUGACAAUAGUCCCAUAUCCGGCGGUUACCCUCCCCGCGCCAUAGCCAGCGAAGAGGAACUCUUAUUAUGGCUACGCAUCCAGACCACUUGUGCUAAAGAUGACACGGAGGUUGUUGCUCUCCUGAAGAAGCCCGAUUUCAGUGCGUUGAAACGUCUUUCAGAGGGCAGUGUCUCUGUAUUCAAGGAGAUUAUGAGCCUUCUUGAACGACACGAAGCCUGGAAUGAACUCUUCAACGUUGCCCAGGAAUUAUUCGACAAGGGGCUUGCUUACUUGGUCGAAGCCUCGAACGCGCAGUCCUCUAAACCUGUGCCAAUUCAGGACGUGGUGGCCGGCGAUGACGAAAUUCAUAAGAGAAUGCAGAAUAUCUUGACUUUCACUGAGACUCGUGCCGAAGAACUUGGGAAACCCAGAAGGGAAGCAGAAUCUCGAGCCUUCCAGAGUGUAGUUAUGGACUGGGCACUCUGGAAGCAGUUUAUUACCGCUGCAAGUCAUUUGGAAAACGACAGGAAGGCUCUCAAACAACUCCGCGGUUUCGUCACUAAAGUAUCCAAGGUGACGAAGAUUCGCCCUAUCUACAGAAAACAAAUGGAAAUUGCGAAUCUCUCGAUCUUAUUCAUGAGAUAUCAAGUCUCAACAUCAGAAACAGGUGUCACAUUGAAUGGACACGACGCCGCCGCGAACACUCGUGUUGAGCAUCUGGCGGCCUAUACAGUAUCAAAUUACAAGAUGGUUUCUUGCUUUGACGACCUAAAGACUUUCUUGGAGCAACUAUCUAUCAGCGAGAUAAAGUCCUUGCUCAAUUGCAUCGGCAUUGAAGGCGGGAAAACAGAUAAUGACACAUUCAAAAACACCAUGUUGCUCACUCUACGUUUGAGGUUCCGGUACCUAUUUACGACCUCCCCUCGAUCACUCGCGGUGGUGCCGGGACAUGAUAAGCCCAAGUGUAACUUCUGCGACUCCACUGUAGAUACGGGCGCCUGUGAGAAGUGUCUUGUUUCCAUUGCAAAGUCCUGCGCCUUUAUGUAUAACCAGGGCUUUCAGGAUAAAGCACUGCGGGAGCACAUCGACAACUUACAAGACGUCGACCCGUUUGCAUACUUGGCCAUUAUCGGCGCUACUUGCUUGCUCAAGCUUGCCGGCUUGACGUCUUACAACAGCGCCAUUGGAGUGUCCGUUGUCAGCGAUGUCGACACAAAACUGGUGCUCCAAGCUAUUUCAUGGCUGAACUCGCAUUACAGCCGAGUUCCUCAGAAAGAUCCAGCAAUCACUGUCUUUUUGACAAAGCUCUACUUACUCAUCGGCUGUGCUCCCCAAGCUCAACUUCUGUGGGAUACACUGGGAGUUAAGAACGUCACUCUCGAUUCACUCGGACCGCUGUUUUCCGACCGUCUAUCAAGCAUUGCCCCUGGCUUGUGGCGACUCAACUCCAGAACUCCCAUGAACCAAUAUCACCAAUACUUCCAAAGUGCUAUUCGAAAGACCAUUCCGUCCAACAUACGAACUGCUCUUGAACUCGCCAACUAUCCCAGCGUUCUGGGUCUUCUGGACACACAAGAACGUCUUGGUCAUAGCUGCACCAUGAUAAUGGCUAAUGUUGAAGAUCGCCGAGGCCUGCGAGCAAUUGGCAGCAAGGCUGCUUUCGAGACUAAUGAUGACCCGCUGCUUCGACUCGUCAAGGAUGACAAGCAACUUUUGAAUGUCACGGAUGUUGUAGCCCUGCCGAAUCACGAGUGCGCUCCGGGCACUCUAGCUGAUGUCACCAGUAUUGGACCUGGUCUUUCGGAUGUCCGAGCCAAGCUAUCGCUCUACGCCGAGCGCUUCAUAUCCCUGCUUUCGUACAAAGACGCCAAGGAGUACAAGCCAACCAAGCCCAUUCAAGUGGCAGAACUUGACCGGUCAUACGUCGCCGAAACAGCGGAACAGAUUGCCAAAAAGCUGGAGGCCCCUCUGAUGGAGUGUCUGGAUGGAGCCCAAUAUCUCACCAGCGCCGAGUUGUCCUACUUUACUGCAAUCAACUCGCUCCUGCGAAUUGUCAUUCUCUCUACACGGGCCCCCUGGACGAAGAAUGCGUCCCGGCCACCUCAAACCACGGAUGCCGUCAACCACAUUGCCUCGCUGCUGCAGGCCGAGACUGAAGGCCUACAAGAAAGGCGCGGCGAUCUGCCCGAGAGCAUGAGCGCGGUUCAACAGUUCGUGUCGCUUCACGCCCUGGGCAUGCUUCGAGAAACCGUGCAGGCGGUCAAGAUCACGGCUAACUACCUCGAGCGUUCCGCCGUACCCCUCAAGAACGACGCCCCGAAGUGGCUGGGCGAAGACGUCAGAGCCCUGAACAGCACGGCUGCUGGAGCCUCUGGCUUCGUGAAGAAGCAGAUCAAGCUUCUCAACGACGAGGCCAACGCAUCAGGCUGGCUUGAUAGGAUUUCCGAGUUUGCAUUUGGCGAGCUGGCAAGUGGUGCUCAACCUGUCGGUGAGGCCCCUAGUGAUGCUGAGAGUGGCGAGCUGUCAGCCAUGGUAUUCAUUGCUUCUGGCCAGAAGGCUGGCCUUGAGCACACGAUGGGUGAAAUCAAGGACUCAUGGCAAGAGGUUGCUAAGGGUUGGAGUACAGUUAAGCUUGACUGA